GCAAGAUAAAUAGAAGGGUGGGUCACCUUAAAUGGAAACAGUCCCUCCCACCCACCAGUCAAACACAGUCAAUACUGCGAGUGGUCAAAUCAACAUUUUUCAGGAAGAGACCAAGCAGCUUGAACCAUGAGCUACCCAGGAUACCCCCCUCAGGCAGGCGGAUACCCACCACAGGCUGGGGGUUACCCUUCACAACCUGGUGGAUACCCACCUCAGCCUGGAGUUUACCCUCCACAAGCAGGAGGCUACCCACCACAGCAAAGCGGCUACCCUCCUCAGCCUGGUGCCUAUCCUCCACAGGCUGGAGGCUAUCCACCACAAGCUGGAGGUUAUCCUCCACAGGCUGGAGGCUACCCACAGGCACCACCACCAGGUAGCUGGGGAGGUGGCCCUGCUGGUGGUUAUCCCUCCAUAGGUCUUGACACCUUAUCCAACCCUGGAUACAAUGCUGGCAUGGCGAACCAGAUGUCUGCAGGCAUGGGGGGGUUUACCCCAAACCCAUCCAUCGCCCAAGCCCCUGGGGGGUACCCACCUGCCCCUCAGCCAGGGGGGUAUGGUGCCCCCUCCCCUAACCAACAGUCAUAUGGCCUGUACCCACAGCCAGGAGGGGCUAUGCCCCAACCCCAAGGCCCAGGGAUGGGCUAUCCUGGUCAGCCUAUGCCUGGUUACCCUCGUGCACCAUCACCCAACCCACCCAUGCCAGGUUAUGGAGGAGCACCAGCACCUAUGCCAACAUACCCACAAGUCCCUUCACCAAAUCCAUCAAUGCCAGCCUACGGAGGAGGAGGAGGAGGAGCCAUGCCAAUAGCUCCACCAAUCAAUAGAGGAUUCAGAGGAUCAAUCAAGGACUUUCCUGGAGCUGACCCACUCAAAGAUGUGGAAGUCCUGAGGAAGGCCAUGAAGGGCUUUGGAACUGAUGAGCAAGCCAUUAUUGAGUUACUGGGGAGUCGUUCCAACAAGCAGCGUGCUGUUCUGCCCCGGGCCUUUAAAACCUCAUAUGGGAAGGAUCUGUAUAAGGAUCUGCAUUCAGAACUGUCUGGGGACUUCAGGAAGCUGGUCAUGGCCAUGUUGAAAACCCCAGCUGAGUUUGAUGCCUAUGAGCUCCACAGUGCCAUAAAGGGAGCCGGAACUGAUGAAGCCUGUCUGAUAGAGAUCCUGUCUUCUCGCUCCAACGCUGAAAUCAAGGAGAUAAAUCGCAUUUACAAACAAGAAUAUAAGAAGUCACUGGAGGAUGCCAUUAGUGGGGACACCUCAGGCCACUUCCGUAGACUCCUGAUCUCUCUUGCACAGGGCAAUCGUGAUGAACGGGAAAAUGUUGACAUCUCUCUGGCUAAACAAGAUGCCCAGGCCCUGUACUCUGCUGGGGAGAACAAGCUGGGAACAGAUGAGUCCAAAUUCAAUGCCAUUUUAUGUGCCAGGAGCAAAUCCCAUCUCAGAGCAGUGUUUCAGCAGUACCAGCAGAUGUGUGGCAGGGAUAUCGAGAAGAGCAUCGACAGGGAGAUGUCUGGUGACCUCGAGAGUGGCAUGCUGGCAGUGGUGAAGUGUAUUAAAAAUACACCUGCCUACUUUGCUGAGAGGCUUUACAAGGCUAUGAGGGGAGCUGGGACCAAAGACAGAACCCUCAUCCGGAUCAUGAUCACCCGGUCUGAGGUCGAUAUGCUGGAUAUCCGUCAGGAAUACGUGAAAAACUACGGCAAGUCAUUGUACACACACAUUUCCGGAGACACAUCAGGUGACUACAAGAAACUCCUACUGAAGCUCUGCGGUGGAAGUGACUAAUACAUUGUACUAUCUGCUUUAUGCCUUACAUAUAUGUAUUAUACACAAUCUGCAACCUGCAUGUCAUGCCAAUGCUUCUGCAAUGCAAUGUUUACCCAAUUGUAAGAGUCUUUUACAUAUAGCUAUUUUUUUUCUACAUCCACUAUGCACAAAAAGGUUUUGUACUUUUGCAUUACGUUAUAUCAUUGCUGGAUAUUUAGUUGAAUAUACAUGGCCAUCCUUAAUUUGUGAGAAUUUACAUUUGAAUGUUAAGAGCUAUAUAUUUUUAAGAUGUUUUAUUUCAAUUGUGCCAAAAUGAUCUGUUAUGUAAUGACAUUGGUCAUUUAUGAGCUAAUUCUAUAAUGUUCAGCAUGGCUGAAAAGUAUAAGUUACAGAAUGCAUAGCAGCUACAUACCAAAGUUGUCUGUAAUUGUAUCCACAAUCUCUUAUAUCAUAAUUUGUCUACGCUUGACAGUUUUUGUUUAUCAUAGAUGUGCUUGUACUUGUUUAUCAUAUACCUGUCAUUGUUAGCAUGGAAAAACAUGGAAAAACAGGGUCACAUUUCAUUAAAUUGUGAUUGAUUUAAUCUU